GCGCACCUCCCCUCUCUCCUCUGACUGUGUGCCGCGCGCAGGGGAGCUCAGUCAGAUGGAGACUCCGGAAAGUCUCGCAUUUCCGCGUCAAAACCCAGCCGGCGUUUGUCAACAUGAACACCGUUAAUGCUGAGGAAACAUUCUCAUUUGUUUCACUUAUCGUUUCAUACAGACGCCCGUCAAGUGGUUUUAAUCGCCUUGAUUGGUCGUCAUCGUGGCUCGUGAGAGGCUACACAAGAGGCGCGUGCAGACUCAACUCCAGUGAGGUCCUGCUGAAGACUGGGGAGCAUGUAAGAAAUGAAGACAAGUGACAUAGAGAAUAUGGAUACAUCAGAGCACACAACCUCCUGUAGGUGAAACUUUUUCUUGAGAGAAUAAUUCUCCUCUUUCUACAUGCAUACUGCGCUUUUAUGUCAGUAUGUCACUAUCAGACUGCAAAUAUGGGAGCAAGACUCAUACGGAGCACACUUACAGCCUUCACACCUUGCCCAUGACUGAGAACUAUGUGAAAAGUCCUGUUAGGACAUUGUUUGACUUCAGGCACACAAACGUGACUGAGAAUCUGGAUGUCAAGUGGGUUUCUCUGUUGUCCCGGACUAACCUGCGGAGCGUCUCAAAAGUCAAAGUGGUUAGCUUCCUGAUGGGCUUGAUAAUGACUUUUCUUAUCAUGGCGUCCUACAUCCUGAUGUGGGAUAGGAAAAGACUCUUGCUUACCCCCUUACCCUAUCAGCUCAGACCUGUGGUCAUGCCAACCAGCACAGCAGCAGCUGAAAUUUCCUCUGAAAACAACUUAGGAGACAUGAAACUGCUAGUGAAGCUCAUCGGCUCUAAACUUGAAUACACACCAAGGAAGGUGCCUGAUGAAAAGGAUGUCGUUGGAACGGACUCCCAUUUGUUCUCUGUAAUUCCUCGCCAUUUCCUGCCCGGCAUCAAGAGCCCUUGCUGGUAUGAGGAGUUCUCUACUGAACUCAGCACUGAUCUGUACAGGAGGAACCGCUUCACUCUGCGUUCAAAGAGUUUCAAGACUGUGUGUGACCACCUGAGGACCAACUUCCACCAGCACUUAUACCACAGAGGCGGCAAACUGUUUCGUCUACGCUGCUUGCCUUUCUUCUACAUCAUCGGCCAGCCCAAGUGUGGCACGACUGACUUGUUCCACAGGCUGCUGCUGCAUCCAGAGGUAAAGUUCAACACGAUGAAGGAGCCCCACUGGUGGACCAGGAAACGCUUUGGUUAUAUCCGUUUCAAAGAUGGCUUCCAGGAAAAUUUUCCUGUAGAAGAUUACCUGGAUCUGUUUGACUUGGCAGCCCAAAACAUCCAAGAUGGAAUCAGUGGAAAUUCAUCUGGAGACUACCGCACACUCAUAACAGGUGAAGCCAGUGCAUCCACUAUGUGGGACAACCAAGCCUGGAGGUAUCUUCACGGAGACAGGGAGGAGACACAGCCUCCUUUCCUGGCCCAGGACUUCAUCCACACAGUCCAGCCCGGUGCCAAAAUCAUCAUUAUGCUUAGAGAUCCAGUAGAGAGACUUUAUUCUGACUACCUGUACUUUAAGAUGGCCAACAAGUCAGCAGAGGACUUCCACCAGAAGGUCCUAGACUCUGUACAGUUGUUUCAGUCCUGCCUGUAUGAGAGGUCACUUCGUUCCUGCGUCUACAACACUAGCCUCUCCAACGCCAUGCCGGUGAGGCUAAAUUUGGGGAUGUACAUCAUCUUCUUGCUGGAUUGGCUGACAGUUUUCGACAGGGAGCAGAUUUUAGUUCUUCGACUCGAGGACUACGCAGCAAAUCUCAAAGGGACAAUCAAGAAAGUUUUUGAUUUUCUGAGUGUUGGUCCUCUGUCGGAGCAGGUGGAGGCCACACUGACCAAACGGCCUAUGUCAAACACCCGGCGGGCCGCAGACAAAAACCUGGGUCCUAUGCUUCCAGCUAGCAGAGACCUCCUCAGGGAAUUUCACCAGCCCUUCAACCAUAAACUGGCCAGUGUGUUGGACAACAAGGCCUUGCUCUGGAGUAACAAUUGAAUGGACAUGAGCAUGGACGAAAAUGUGUAAGGAUGUGAAUGAACAACCGGAGCAAGGAGCUAGAGCAGGAAUGCCUAUUGAUAUAAAUUAAUUUACAGUGGGAGGGCUCAUACACAGGUGUAUAGUUGUAUAGUGAGUUUUAUUAAGGUCUGAAUACAUUUAUGGGUUUUGUUUGUGAUAUUUAUUUGCUCUUGAAAGAAUGUGAAUGACUCAUCUAGUCAAGGUAAUAAUAAAGUAAUCUGAUUUUGCAUUUUAAUUUGAUGCUUUUACAGUGUUGAAAAGUCAUUAAGCCACUGCCGAAUAAAAGUCCACAAAAUGCACCACACAUUCAUUCAUCUACACCUUUGGAUAAAGUUUCACUUUAAUGUAUGUCUCAAAUGGCUGAGUUAAAUAUCAUGUGGUCAUGGUAAUUUGAACUUGGCUUUUUAUACAAAGAAAUAUGCCCUUA